AUGGAGAAACUGGUUUCGGAGCUCGCGAGUAAAGUCAAAGCACUGCGUUUUCGGGCCAGUAAAACUGAUGAAAUAUUGGAUAAAAACGAAAAGGAAGCUUGUGAGCGCCAGAAAACAUCAAUUCUAAGCAUUUCUAAGAUAGUUAUUGAGCAGAAAGAGAACAUCGAAGAGAAGAAAUUUUUGAAAGGUGAAACCGAAGAACAAGUCGCCGAAUGGGGCACAAAUUUCGAAGUAGAACUGGCUAAAGCUGAUGAUUGUAUACGAAAGUUAACUCAAAGAAUUAAAGAAAUCGAUUUACGUGAAGAAGAAGCGAAAAGUAUUAUGACACAUCGACAAAAUAUGAAAUUCGAGCAAGAAUUAUUACAACAAAAGGCUACAUUUGAGCAAAAGUUGAAAGACGAGCAAAAUCAAGCGAGUGUAAACAACAAAAUAUCGGGCGCUAAACUACCCAAACUGCCUAUAACUAAGUUUAACGGGAAAUUUGAGUCGUGGCUGCCUUUCUGGGGAAAAUUCAGAUCGGAAAUUGAUUCGGCGAAUCUACCAACAUUAACGAAAUUCGCGUAUUUAAAAGAGCUUUUGGAAGAAUCGAUAAGAGCAGAUAUAGACGGACUUCCAUUUACCGACGAAGGCUACUCAAAAGCGAAGGAGAUUCUCGAAGCGGAGUACGGCCAAACCUCGGAAGUAGUCAAUGCGUAUGUUCAAAAUAUAAUGAGCUUACCCGUGAUCAGUGGAGCGAACCCAAAGAAAAUAAACGAUUUUUACAAGCAGCUGAGAUUCAACGUGCAAAGUCUCGAAACGAUGGGUAAACUCGCAGACGUGAAAGGUAAUGUUCGAUCAACUCUAGAUAAGCUGAAAGGAAUUAAAUCUGAUUUAGUUCGCGGAAGCGAAGGGUGGCAAGAUUGGAGUUUCACCGAUCUACUCGAGCAACUCAAGAAUUGGCGCGAUAUUCAUCCAAUCGAGGAGAGUAAUCAGAAUAUUGUCGAGAAAUCUACCAGAUCACCAUAUAAGCGAUCACCCUUUUUCCACGCGCGAGAUUCGGAACAUGAGACAUCUCCGCGCGUGUGCGUGUACUGCGAGGACGCCACGCACAAGAGCGUGGACUGCACGAAAGUGGUCUCAGUGGAUAAUAGGAAGAAAGUCUUGGCCCGAAAAGGACGGUGUUUUAACUGUACAGGUACGCAACAUCAGGCAGCGGGUUGUAGAAGUAAAUCUAGAUGUAAGAAAUGCAGUAGAAAGCAUCAUACCUCGAUUUGUGGCGAACAGCCCCCAGCAGAGCAAUUAUUAACAGCACAACAUAACAGUAACAGUACCAUAGUAUAUCCUGUAGUGCUUGUUGAUGUUGAGGGUAUAAAGUGUCGGGCUCUACUCGAUACGGGUGCCGGCAGCUCAUACGCGUCUGCAGCACUUCUAGAUAGGUUACCAAAACGUGAAAGCAAACGGGAAACAAGGAAAGUUGAAAUGAUGUUGGGGACUACUACGCGAGAGAUGGAGCUACAAACAAUCAAUGUAAAGGCAAACUCCAGACAGUUUUCGAUGGCAGUCGAAGUGACAAAAGUUGAAAAAGGGGAACUUGUUUCACUUGACAAUCCAAAAUACCAGCAACUUAUCGAAAGUAACCCUCAUCUCGAGGGAGUUGUGAUGGAAGACACUGACUCUAAGGAACGAUUACCGGUGCAUAUAAUUUUGGGAGCCAGUGAGUAUGCCAAACUGAAGACAAAUACACCACCGAAAAUCGGCACCCCUGGACAACCCAUCGCAGAGCUAAGCAAAUUUGGGUGGACCAUUAUGUCGCCAGGAAAAGAGUGCUUCAACGAAACUAACAUGCUUCUCACACAAACUUCGCGAGUUGAGUAUGAAGAGUUAUGUCGCCAAGAUGUGCUGGGACUACAAGAUAAAGCUAUGAACGACCAAAGCGGGGUAUAUGAUGAAUUCAAAGAACAGCUCACACGAAGUUCCGAGGGAUGGUACGAGACAGGGCUGCCAUGGAGGGCUAACCACCCUCCUUUACCUAACAACAAAAAUGGUAGCGUACGUCGGCUACAGAGUUUGGUUCGGAAACUGAAGAGUCAACAUCUAACAACCCAGUAUGAAGAGAUAAUCGACGAACAACGUAAAACAGGUGUUGUUGAGCCAGCAGAUCAACCAGCAGUUGGAACGGAGUUUUAUAUACCACAUAAGCCUGUCGUACGUCCGACGGCUGAGUCAACCAAAGUUCGCGUGGUAUAUGACGCUUCAGCUCGAGCGCACGAAGGUGCCCCAUCAUUAAACGAGUGUUUACACACUGGACCCCCGCUUCAAAAUAAACUUUGGAACGUUCUGGUAAGAGGCCGGUUUUAUCCGGUUGCACUAUGUGGUGAUCUUCAAAAGGCAUUCUUACAAGUCCGAAUCAAAGCUAGCGACCGGGACGCAUUACGUUUCCAUUGGCAAGACGGUAACCAAGCAGAGGUAGUGACCUUGAGAUUCACUAGGGCUCUUUUUGGUCUAACAGCAUCCCCGUUCCUGCUUGGGGGAGUCAUUGAAGCCCACUUAUCCACUUGGGAAGAUAGAGAUGCAGAAACGGUUGCUAACCUUAAACGUGAGUUGUAUGUGGACGAUCUUAUUUCCGGAUCUGAAACUGUUGGCAAAGCAUCAGAGCUCAAAGUGAAAGCAUCUGAAAUUUUCGAAGAAGCAGGGUUCCUACUACACAAGUGGCACUCCAAUGCCGGAGAGCUUGAAUCGGAACAAGACCCAGCGGUGGAAACUACCUAUGCUAAACAACAAUUGCAUAAACCGUUGGGGGGAGCGUCUGUUCUCGGAUUAAAAUGGAACAAAGACUCAGAUACUUUAUCUGUUGUGUUUCCACAAGAAGAAACAGUAGCGACCAAGCGAGGGGUGUUGACAAAACUGGCCAAGAUUUAUCAUCCUCUUGGCAUUGCAUCUCCAGCAACACUCGCAGGGAAAUUACUUUAUCGAGCUGCAUGUGAUCUGAAGAAACCCUGGGAUGAACCGAUUCCAUACCCACUCCAUAGACAAUGGACCGAUUGGGAGAAUGCGCUUCCAGAGAAUCUGGAGUUUCCAAGAUCCUUGGCCGCCCACCAUGAGCGAAUCGACAGUAUAGAUCUCCACUCGUUCGGGGAUGCCAGUGGCAGCGGACUUGCGGCAUGUGUGUAUGCUGUUGUGAGACAACCAUCUGGCAUCAAUCAGGGUUUGGUUGCAGCAAGAUCUCGAUUAGCAAAGCCUCAAACGACGAUCCCCAGGCUAGAGUUGCUAGCUGCGCACAUGGCGGUUAACCUGGUGGAAAAUGUGAAAGAAGCUAUGAAGGGAUUUCCACUGAAUGAAACAACAUGUUGGUCAGACAGCACAGUGGUCCUGUAUUGGUUACAAGGAACUGAAACAUACAAACAGUUCGUUGAAAACCGUGUAAGAAAGAUCCGAGAUCAUGAUGAUGUUAUGUGGCGGUAUGUCCCGACCAAUGACAACCCAGCGGACAUGGGUAGUCGUGGAAAUCAGCAUAGUAAGCAAGACCUGUGGAUGAACGGACCUACAUGA